AGUCAGGCAGACUGAGGCAAAGAUUGCAGUCCUCAGCAUCAGACUCAGGAUUGUGAGCGCAUGUGUGGCCGUUUGCCCCUUCGCCUAUGUAGCUAGCUGCAGUAGGAACCUCAGGAACGAACGCACAGGGCAAAGCUGGUGCAAAGCUGGAAACUUAUGUGGCUUGAGGAGUGAGGGUGAACAGCGGUCUCGCUUGCUUGGGCGGAAGAAAGGCUUUGCAACGACUGAGGUGUCCUUCUCAGAACCAGAAACGCAGAAGCCCUAGCUCGUGCCCUACAUCAGAGCGCUGAAGGGGACGCUGUGAUUGGUUGGCAGGGGCCUCAAGGGGGAAAAGGCAUGGGGGGCAAGAAACAAAAGGAGUACAAGGACGUCCCUGAGUACCACAUCAAGGGGCAGGAGGGGGAGGACAGUACUGUGAAAGUGGGUGAUUGCGUGAUCAUGCGUCCCGAGGCGGGAGAGCUGCCGUACAUCGGCAAGGUAGAAAAGUUGUUUACGGUCGGCGAGGGCAAGAAGCAGGAGAAGAUCAAGGCGCGGUGGUACUACAGGCCGAGUGAAGCAAAAGGGGGACGGCGAGCCUUUCACGGGAAGGCGGAGCUGUUUUUGUCGGACCACUACGACGAGGUGUGGGCGGAGGCCAUCAUGGGCAAGUGCCGCGUGCACGGCUUCAAGAAGUACAUCCAAAUGGAGGACCUGGGCGAGGACGACUUCUACUGCCGCUUCGAGUACAAGGCCAAGACGGGGUCCUUCAUGCCCGACAAAGUCGCCGUGUACUGCACCUGCGAAAUGCCCUACAACCCGGACGACCCUAUGGUCCAGUGCGAGAAGUGUCGUGACUGGUACCACCUAAAGUGCGUGGGGUUGACCAAGAGCGCUGUGAAGAAGCUGGACGUGUUCAUGUGCGACGCAUGCCUCAAGGAGCCGCAGGAGACGGUCGAGAGCGGGGAUGAGAACGCUAAGAGCUAGCACUAGACUGGGAGGACGCUUCGUCAACCGGUGGUUGCAAACCAUUCUUGUUCAGUGAGAGGCCACAGCCCGUCGAGGCAGAAUUGUGUCAUGGGCGGAUAGAAACCUGGCAUAACAGUCGCCCGUGUUUCGGACUUUGUCACGGAUACGAGCUCAGCAACAGCGUGGCAAUGUGUUGUGAUUUGUCAUCGGCUCUGGGAACUCGUCCGUUAGGUCAGCAUGUAGAUAAAACAAAAGGGAAGGUUCCGUUAAACAUCAGAGCCAGGAUGGUAAUGAUGGUUUCUCGACAUCACUGUUUAGAUUUGGAUUUUGGCAGCUUAUGUGGCAAGACCACCAUGUGUAAGGAUCACACAGCCACACUGUAUCGACCAUAUGAACAGCUUUACACUGGCUGCUGCUGGGAGACAGCUCCCUUUGACGUGUUGUCCUGGAUGGUCACUUCAUAUCAAUGAGCGCUUUCGCAUACAGGCGCAUGGCGCAUGAACGCCGAAC